CAGCGGAUGGGAGGGGGGAGGCUGCCGUUCAGCAGGGACACUUAGACAGAGGGGAGCCAGAACAGCCUUAUUGGACAGCCCUCAGCAUUCACAGAGAGAGAGGAACCAUAACAGAUCACCAUGGCAGACAAAAUCAAGGGCAAGAAGAUCAUCUUCGUUGUGGGUGGACCCGGAUCUGGUAAGGGCACCCAGUGUGAGAAGAUGGUGGCCAAGUAUGGCUACACUCACCUGUCUUCAGGAGACCUGCUCCGUCUCGAGGUCGCCUCAGGCUCAGAGAGAGGCAAGAACCUCCAGGCCAUCAUGCAGAAGGGAGAACUUGUGCCUCUGGACACAGUUCUGGACAUGAUCCUGGAUGCCAUGGUUGCCAAGGCCGACACCUCCAAGGGUUACCUCAUCGACGGCUACCCCCGUGAGGUCAAGCAGGGCGAGGAGUUCGAGAAGAAGAUUGGUGCUCCAAGCCUGCUGCUUUACGUGGACGCCUCUGGCCCCACCAUGGUCAAGAGGCUUAUGAAGCGUGGCGAGACCAGCGGCCGUGCUGACGACAACGAGGAGACGAUCAAGAAGCGCUUGGACCUCUACUACAAAGCCACAGAGCCUGUCAUCGCAUUCUACGAGGGUCGCGGCAUCGUCAGGAAGGUGAACUCUGAGCUCCCUGUGGAUGAAGUAUUCGCAGCAGUCGCCAAAGCUGUUGAUGGUAUGAAGUAAACUGGACAUGCCAGGAUGGACUGUGUUGGUCUUUUCCUUUCUAUUCCUCCUCGUCAACAUUUCCCCCAUCCCCAGCAACAACAAUGGACAGAACAAAGACAGAAACAGAGAAACACAAACUGCCGAGUUACGAGCGACAGCUCUGCCUUAAUUCAGACUGCACCUAAGGCAUCCCUCAUCUCAUCAGCAGCGGCUACCACCACCACCGCCGCCCCCCAUCCCACCCCAAGCCUGCUCUGUCUACAUACUCCAGCCCCCCCUUGCAACCCCCACCCUCACCACGUCCAUGUGUCUCACCUGCUCUCAGGUGUGCUUCACCUGGCCGCUUCUUACCUGUCCAGCCCUUGUGUGUGUGUGCGCGCGUGUGUGUGUGUGUGUCAAACGCUGUGAAUGGGUGUGUGCCUGUGUGAGCUGUGAUGCAUACAGCACUGUUUCUUCUCAUUACGUCGAUGGACCCAUGUCCUGCACUUUCAUUAAAACAUCCUCUUUCAUCAAAAAAAAAA